CCAACAGUUUUUUCUUUUGCAUCAUCUGUUUUACUUAAAGGGCCUCUAGUGUUAUCACAAUCAAAUUGGCUCAUUGGAGGCCUGCUGCUUGUUGCUGAAAACUUUCUUUUUUCGAUCGGGUACAUUGUUCAGGCACAAGUAAUGAAGGUAUAUCCAGCAGAGUUCAAUGUUGUCUUCUUGUGCAAUCUCUUUGGAACCAUUGUGUCAGUGCCAGUAUGCUUAAUAGCAGAACCAAACCUCAGUUCUUGGAUUCUAAGGCCAAGAAUAGCAGUUGCUGCAGUCAUAUACUCGGGAUUUAUUUCAUCAAUCAUAAGUGUUGUGAUGACAUGGGGUUUGCACCUGAAGGGGCCUGUUUAUAUAGCCAUUUUUAAGCCAUUGGCAAUCGCCAUCGCAGCUAGUAUGAGCGCCCUCUUCCUAGGGGAUGCUCUGCAUCUUGGAAGUGUGAUUGGAGCAGUAGUAAUAUCCCUCGGGUUUUAUGCUGUGAUAUGGGGAAAAGCAAAAGAAGAAGUAAUAUUGGUUAAUGAUGAUCAAAGUCCUUUGUUGCAAAGCUGUAAAGUUGAAAAUAUGUAGCGAAAAAGGACAAUGGAGGAAUUGUCAACACUUGGAUUAAUAAAUCCAAUAAUGCUUA